GUUUACGCUGGACGUGCGAGUCCAGAGUCCGGCCGUGGCCAAGACGGUGUCGGUGUACAUGGUGGAGUCUGUGACCAACUACCCCGUCUUGUACCACACUAGUGCGGCGCUGGCGAAUGGGUCGUACACGCUGCCAGCCCUCGUGUGGCCGGCGCACCAGAAUGCAUCCCGUCGCCUGAGCACGGUGCUGAUUUCCAUCGGCAUGACCCAUUCGUUCGUGGGGUCGGUGUCGUACGGCAUUCGACUGACCACGGAACGAGCGAAUUCGUCAUGCAAGUGGGUUUAUGGUGGAGAUAUGAUGUGGGGGAACAAGGUGAAAGCGUUUGUUCCAGCUAACGUUCCACCUGUGGUGAGGUCUCCACUUGUGGGAAAUGUCUCCUAUGAGAGCUCUGUACCUUUCAACACAUCAGCCGCAAUUGAGCUGUCGAAUGUUACUCUUCACUUUGCAGAUGAAGUGCUGGUGGAAUUUUGGAUUGUUGGCAAAACGGUUGCCCGGUCAGUCAGCAUCUAUGCUGUCGAAAUGCUCUCAAAUUAUUCAGUGUCGUACCUCACUGGGUACUUAAGCAAUGGACGAUGGAUGAUACCGAGUCGAUCCGCGGACGGUGACACUGCAAGGAACUUGGACGUUUUAGCCCUGCAAGUGCGAAUGCCGUUUGGAUUUGUUGGCAGAGUUCAAUACGGCAUCCGACUCAGUACUCGUCGCAAGAACUGGAAUUCCCAGUGGGUGUACACUGGUUUCUUGACGGUUGAAGACCUGGAAAUACCGUGGCCGACAUCUCAGUUGCUGCCGUUCGAGAAAACGCUGGCGUUUGGAGCGUGGACGUCAUUUGUGUUGAACGUCUCCAACGUCACGGGGUUGACGGACGUGUCUGUCAACUGUUCUGAGGAUAUCACUGUCACGAGGCAUGACACUUGGAUUACACGCAACAACUAUGGGGUGUUCCACAUUGCUUCCAUGUCGGAAGCAUCCGUCGUUUCGUGGAACAUGACUUCAAAUCGGGUUGCUAGAACUGUCACAAGCAUCAAUUGCACGGCAACUACUGCCUCUGUGGACAUUCCAUCGCACACGACGUCGUUUUCCUGGAGUUUCAACUACCUGCCUACGAGUGUUCCCAUUGUCUUGGCGACGACAGCUAUGCAAUUCUCGGUGGGGCCACAUUCAUCGUCACAGCUGAAUCUGUCCGCUCUUUUUACCGACUACCUAAAUGUCGGUGCAUUCAACAGCUCCAAGUGUUCCAUGUCGUGGAAUGCGUCUCAAAUCGAGGCCAUUGAGUUGGAUCACGUGGCUGUCAACAGCUCGUUUCAACAGUUCCGUCAGCCGAAUGUAAAUUGCUCCCAGAAUUCGACGUUGGUGGUGGUCCCAGCUUUGGGUUUCUUUGGCUACUCGACGGUGGUCCUCUUGGUCUCCAAUGACACAACCGUCAAGCCAUUCAAGCUGCAAUUCAAGGUGCAAGUCCCAUUACCAUCUCCACCAAGCGUGAUAUUGUUUUCAACCACGUUGUCUGCUUCGUAUCGGUCCACCGCAACGUUGAUCAUUUUGGAAGCCACCGUACCACCGCCUUGUAUCCUUCAACUGCAUCUACCAGAUAUACCCGGGUAUCGAUUCAGAGGGCAAUGGUACCAGAACGUUGUGACCUCCAACGUAAGCAGCAUCCGUCAGCAGCCACUUACCAUUCAGCCUCCUCCCACAUACAUAUCCAGGCAAGUGGUGAAUCUCAUCGUCUACUCGUUAUGCCCCGACGCACAAACAAUGGCCGUGUCCACCCAACUCGUCUUGAAUUGGUUGCAAGCUUCGCCGCCGUCCCUCACUGUCGUGUCCGACCCUUCGCAAUUGUUUUUUGCGACAAACACGGUGUUCGUCAACGUAUCCGCCGCCCUGCAUCCUCUGGACAUGCAUCAAGGCAUAUUGGCGUUGGACGUGGCGUUCAACACGAGCGUUGCUCCACUUGAACAAUCAAGCGACAAUGUUGACGCCAACUCAAUUUCGUCUGGGCAUGCCGCAAUCUGUAUCCGUGCUUGCGUUCACGCCAACGCGGUACUUUUCUGGGGCGAUCACAGUUACUUGUACGCUGACAAGUUCUGCGUACGACACAUUUGCAAUAUCGACCUCGGAUUGGAACGGAACCAUUCUCCCCGUGGCGUCCAAACUACUUGCCAAAGUCACAGCAACGACGGUGCUUCGAGAAAAUGA